GCGGCGGCUGUCGGAGCAGUUGGCGCACACCCCGACCGCCUUCCGCAGGGACCCCGAGGACCCCUCGGCCGUGGCCCUCAAAGAGCCCUGGCAGGAGAAAGUCAGGAGAAUCCGGGAAGCGUCUCCCUACGGCCACCUCCCGUCCUGGCGCCUCCUGUCCGUCAUUGUCAAAUGCGGUGACGACCUCCGGCAGGAGCUCCUGGCCUUCCAGGUGCUCAAACAGCUCCAGUCCAUCUGGGAGCAGGAGCGCGUGCCGCUGUGGAUCAAACCCUACAAGAUCCUGGUGAUCUCAGCCGACAGCGGGAUGAUCGAGCCCGUGGUCAACGCCGUCUCCAUCCACCAGAUCAAGAAACAGUCGCUGCUGUCGCUGCUCGAUUAUUUCCUGCAGGAGCACGGCAGCUCCAACAGCGAAUCCUUCCUGACCGCCCAGAGGAACUUCGUGCAGAGCUGCGCCGGGUACUGCCUGGUGUGCUACCUGCUGCAGGUCAAGGACAGCUCCUCCACCAUCAGUCCCCUCAACCCUCCUCCCAUCCCUUUUUCCCAACUUCCUGACCCCAUUCCAACCCAGAUCCCAUUUUUUCCCAUUUUUUCCCAUUUUCCAGGCUCCCAGCUGCCGUGUUUCCACGGCUCCUCCACCAUCCGCCACCUCAAGGAGCGUUUCCACAUGAACCUGACGGAGGAGCAGCUGCAGCUCCUGGUGGAGCA